UCGUAACCGUCAGUCGUCUCGCCGGUUUCCGACCCUACGCGCGCGCUUUACGUCUGUACCGAAUCGCCGUCCCGUCACGAACGCACGUGCUCCGCCAGACCGUUGACCAUUCGCGCGGUCCAAACCGGGUGUACCACGGCGCGCACCGUUCACAUCGAGACGCCGUCGUCGUGCCGUGUCUCGCAGGACGCGACCGCAGGACCGCAGCAGCCGCAUGGAGGACGUUUCGCAGGACCGGCACCAGCGCGCCGGCGAGAUGGCCGUCGUGAUCAGGGACGCCGUCAAGAUCUACGACGGCAGCAACGUGGUGCUCAGGCGUCUGAACAUGUCCGUGCCGAAGGGUAAAAUUUACGGACUUUUGGGACCCAGUGGAUGCGGCAAAACGACACUGCUGAGCAGCAUAGUUGGCCGAAGUGAACUCGACUCGGGCGACAUAAUGGUCAAAGCGUUCAAAAGGGAAGACAUCGGGUACAUGCCGCAGGACUUAAACUUGCACGAGCAUUUAUCGAUUAUACAAACUUACAAAUUUUACGGUCGUAUGCUGAACAUGAGUACGCAAAAAAUCUUAGAAAGAGCCAAAGAACUAUCAGCACUACUGGAACUCCCGUCCAAUAACAGAUUGGUCGAAACACUUAGCGGAGGACAACAAAGGAGAGUGUCAUUAGGCGUUGCGCUUCUACACAACCCGAACAUUUUGAUACUGGACGAACCUACCGUCGGCCUGGAUCCAGUUCUGAGCCACAGUAUCUGGGAACAUUUAAUAUCGUUCGCCAAGGAGGGAAAAACGAUUAUCAUCACGACGCAUUACAUUGAAGAAGCGAGACAAGCACACACGAUCGGAAUGAUGAGAGGUGGCGUUUUGUUGGCCGAAGAAUCUCCGGAAAUGUUAAUGGCGCGAUGCAACACCACCUCGUUGGAAGAAGCCUUUUUGUCACUUAGUUACAAACAAGAAACGUCGUCCAACACCCAGGUCGACGAUGCAUUUAAGAAAAAAUCAAAUAGAUCGAAUACAAAACUAAAGCUAGACGACGGCUUCUUCCGGAUGAAUCGAAUGCGUUGUCUUUUGUACAAAAAUGUCACUUUACUAUGGCAACAAAAAACAUUUUUGGCGUUUCUGUUCUUACUGCCUCUGGUGCAAACAUAUUUCUUCAAUCUAGCGAUUGGGCAUGAUCCCAAAGGGUUGUAUAUUGCAGUUGUAAAUAAAGAACUUCAACAAAGGCGACCAGGGGAAUGUAAACCAGAGUACUACAAAGGGUGUUUUCUCGACAAUCCUCAAGAUGUAAUUAUGAGCUGCGCAUACGUCGAGCAAAUGAAACAUAAAUCAAUGAACAUUUUAAACUUUGACGAUGUCGACACCGCGUUAAGUGCUGUGAAGAGGAACGAUGCUUGGGGUAUUUUGUACUUCCCCAAUAAUUAUACAUCAUCUAUGGCUAUACGUUUCGUGAACGCCUCUAGGACUUCAGAUUUGAGCGUAGAACUAAGUACAGUGCAAGCCUGGAUAGACUUGUCUGACCAAUACAUCGGUAAUAUGGUAAAAGCAAACGUUAUUUUUGGUAUGCAAGAAUACUUGGGCGAAUCAUUGAAGAAAUGUAAUGUCAGCUCUAAAAUUGGAACUACUCCAAUAAAGUUCAAUACACCGUUGUAUGGGUCGGUAGAUACAACUUUCAUCCACUAUGCCUCGGCAGCCAUAUUAUGUCUGUGUUGUUACUAUUUGCCGGUCCUGUUGACGGCGGGCUUGAUCUUGACGGAGAAAAAGGAAGGCAUGAUGGAAAGGAUGAUGGUUUCCGGUAUAAAAUUCUCCGAGGUAUUAGUGUCCACGGUCAUUAUGCAAAUGAUUAUACACACCCUACAGACGGCCAUAUCGAUGUACGUGAUGUACGUCCACUUCGACAACCCUUACUUGGGAGACCACUUACCCACGGUCACGAUACUGUUGCUCAUUGGCAUGGAAGGAAUGAUUUUCGGAUUCCUAAUUGGUGCUGUGUGCAAAGAUUUUAUAUUCGCCACGUACUUGGGAACCGGCAGCAACAUAAUGAUGUCUUUCACAUGCGGAUUGAUUUGGCCCCUGGAAGGAGCGCAUUACCUGCUGCGGAUUACAGGUCCUCUGUUCCCGCUAACCGCGCCGGUCAGGGCGCUGCUGGCCGUGACCGCUAAGGGCUGGUCGUUCGAUUCCACGCCGGUAUACACGGGGUUACUGUCGAUAUUCGGCUGGUCGGGCAUCAUGAUCCUGGCCAUAUUCAUUACCAGCCGGCUGAACAAGGACUUGUGGAUCCUGCGGAAGUAGGAUUCGGAGCGCACGGUACGGGCAUCGUUGCAUCCUGCACGACAAGACGACACUCCCCUAACCUAACCCCAUCUCUGAACUGUAUAUAGACUGAUCACUGUAUUCUACAUUCAGCCUCGAUGUAUUAUCCUGUACGGCCGAUAGGGAACUAUGAUUAAUCAUUCGAUUUUAAUAAUGACGGCUAGGCGUGCGAAUCGAUUAUGAUUUCGUCGCACGUACCGUAAUGUACCCGUCGGGAUCCAGUCACGUGUUCGCGCAAACCGUUAAUGCCAUGUGCAUUGCAUUGUAUACAUCACUCGGCACAAUGUACUAUUAUUAUUAAUAACAAUAUUUCGUGUUCCUCGGGCGUACAAAUGUCGGCCAUUCCGAGAUCAAAAACAAAAUAUUUAUUUAAUUAUUUAACCUUAAACGACCUCCUCGGUGGACGGUUUCUAUUUGUUUAAUAUAUUUUUAUUUGUACAUAGUAUCCUUUUUUCGAUUUUUGUUUAUUGUAUAUGAGAAA